CUCUCUUAAUUGCACACCUCUCUCUUCUUCUUCUUCUUCUUCUCUCCGCACAUACUUCCUUCGACUACUCUAUAUCUCGCUCUAAGCAGGCACGGCGGUCUCGAGUCGAUCGAGCUCAUCCACCUUCAUCUACUCUGCAUUGUUCGCUUUGAUCCGAUGGGCAAGAAAGGUGCCCUCACCUCCAUCUUCUCCAGGUCCUCCAGCCUCGCUAGCGACUCCUCCACGGCGGCCGUGAUACCCUGGCCGUGGCCAUCCUGCCGGGACCCGCAGACCGACUCCUUCCGUGCCGGCGAGGAGCCCUGCGCCACGGCUGCUGAUGGCAGCAGGUGCGGCCCUGUCGCCGCGAGGCACUGCAAGCUGGUGGGUGGCCCCGCCGAGAUGUACAAGACGGUCAACUCGGUCUACAUCGACCCCGACGACGGCGAGUCAUUCUCUUGCCUCAGCGCCGAGGAGGAGGAAACGGUUGUAGUGGAGGACGACGGCUUCUUGACGCCCACUGCGUCCGAGGAGUGGUCAGAGGCUGUGAUCCGCAGCCUCAGCCGGACGACCUCGUCCACCGGCCGCUUCUUCUUCGACCAGGGGCCAGCGACCAACUCCAUCCUGUCUGCGGCGGCGGCCUCGACAACCGGCAGUACACCACCGGAGGAGGAGAAUGACAAGUCGGCGGCGGCCUCGACAACCGGCAGUACACCACCGGAGGAGGAGAAUGACAAGUCGGCGGCGCUGUCCAAGAACGAGAAGCCAGGAGAUGGUGGCAAGUCGCUGGUGGUGGAGGAGAGCGUGGCGGUGCCAGUGGACUCGGCGGACCCGUACGGGGACUUCCUGUCGUCCAUGGAGGAGAUGGUGGUCGCGCACCAGCUGCGCGGCUGGGACGCGCUGGAGGAGCUGCUGGUAUGGUACCUGCGGGUGAACGCCAAGAACCACCACCCACUCAUCGUCAGCGCCUUCGUCGACCUGCUCGUCCGCCUCAGCGCCAGCGCCACGGCAAACACCUCGACGACGACAAGGACGAUGACGUCGAGUAGUAGCACCAGCAGCUCGAGCAGCAGCACGAGCAGCACGAGUACUACAAGUAGCAGCACGAGUACGAGUACUGGUGGCGACGGUGUGGUUGUUAGUGCUACAUCAGCAACGGGACAAUGCGACGGCGGGAAUGAAGCUUCUGCGUCUUGCUCGUCGUCUUCUUCGUGCGCCCCGCGUGACGACGACGAGGCCAGUCGUGGGGAAGACUAGUCACUCGACUAAUCAUAGAUUAGACCGACAAUCCGCAACUAAUCUGCAUGCAUGUGAUUUUGGCUUUUGGAUUCCGGGCUAAUCAAGCAAGAAGCAACUAACAAGUUUUUCUUUCUUUUGUGGCGGGGAAGCAACCGAGCUGUUAAUUGAUGCACUCGUGCUUGGGUUCGUAUGCACUUUUCUUGAUUGACGAUCCCAUGAGUCGCUGAGUUAAUAAAAAGAACUUUAA